UAGCAAGUCAGUGCGGGUGGUGAGAGUGAGGGAGUGAGAGUGUAGUGGGAGGAAGGGAAGGAUGAGAUAGAGAAAAACUGUAAAAGAUACAGAGAGAAAGAGAGAGAGAGAACCACAUCUCAUCUGCCUGAGAAUCCGUAUGAGAGAAGAAAAAAGAUGGGCACUGUUGAGAAUGGUGGCAAUCUAAGAAGCAAGAUCCAAUUUCGUGGUAUUGGAAGACACACCAAAGUACACAUCCGACCCUUUAACGGACAUGAGCUAGUGGAGAGAGAAUUUGAGGAAGAGGAGAAUGUGGAGAAGCCUAAACCUGUUCCAGUCUUUCAGCUGUUCAGGUACAGUACCUCUGGAGAGCGCUGGUUGAUGGUGGCUGGUGUAGCAGCAGCAGCCGUGGCAGGAGUGUGUCUACCUGGACUCUUCGUGCUUUUCGGCAACGUCACCGAUGCCUUUGUCUACGACAAGCUCCUGAACACUCUCGACAGUGACAACGACACACACCUGCUGAAUCUCCGGCAGGAAGCAGUGCAUAAGUACCCAGCAUACGCCAACCUAACCAGAGAACAAAUCCUGGAACAAGUAAAGGCGGCGUACGAGAACAAGGGCAACUUCUUCGGGGAGGUGGUGAAGUUCGGGGUGGGGACGUGUAUCAUCGGCACUGUGCAGAUGGUCAUGGGUUACAUCUUUGUCACGGCAAUGAACUACGCAGCAGAGGGACAGGUGUACAGGCUGCGAGGGAUGUUCCUACAAAGCAUUCUCCGACAGGAGAUCGGCUGGUUCGACACCCACCAGACGAACGAUUUUGCUAGCAGAGUCACCGAAGACCUGAACAAACUGCAAGAGGGUAUCGGAGAGAAGGUUGGCAUGUACGUGUUCUUCAUGACCAACUUCGUGGCUUCUUUGGUCAACGCCUUCAUUCACGGCUGGCUGCUGACGCUGAUCAUCCUCUCGGUGUUCCCUUUGCUUGGAGCUACCACCGCCCUUAUCGCCAGGUUCCAAGCCAACUUAUCAGCGAGAGAGAUGGAGGAGUACGCGCGUGCCGGCAGUAUCGCUGAAGAGGUGAUCUCUGCCAUCAAGACUGUGGUAGCCUUCGGCGGCGAGCAGAAGGAAAUAGAGAGAUAUGAGAGUAACCUGGUGCACGCGCUGAAGGCGGGUCAAAAGAGAGGUCUGGUGUCUGGAGCCGGGAUGGGCUUGGUUUGGUUUCUUAUCUACGCCGCUUACUCCCUAGCCUUCUACUACGGCACUGGUCUCAUCCUAGAUGCCAGACCUCCUGAGGGCAACGGUUCCUUCAAUCCGUCAAACCUUCUGAUAGUGUUUUUCAGCGUGUUGAUGGGAGCAGUAAACGUGGGUCAAGCAACGCUGUACAUGGAGGCCUUUGGCAUAGCUCGCGGGGCAGCAGCUACAAUCUUCAGCAUCGUGGAGAGGCAGUCAACUAUCGACCCGAGCAGCCCUCAUGGGGACCGUCCUCCUGACGUUAAAGGAACAAUCGAGUUUAAGGACGUGCACUUCAACUAUCCCUCGAGGCCCGACGUGGAGAUCCUGAAGGGAGUGAGCCUGAGGGUUGACCCUGGACAGACGGUGGCACUGGUUGGAGCCUCAGGCUGUGGCAAGUCCACUUGUAUCCAACUGGUGCAAAGAUUUUACGACCCCAUAAAAGGAAGCGUGCUGCUGGACGGUCGGCCCCUCACUUCGCUGAACCUGGGUUGGCUUCGUGACCAGGUAGGCGUGGUGGGGCAAGAACCGGUGCUAUUUGCUACCAGCAUCGCCGACAACAUCCGUUACGGCCGGCUGAGCGCCUCCAUGCUGGAAGUGGAGCAUGCAGCUCAGGAAGCCAACGCCCACGACUUUAUCAUGCAGUUUCCCCAGAAAUACGAGACGCAGGUGGGAGAGCGUGGAGCCCAGAUGUCUGGGGGUCAGAAACAGAGGAUAGGCAUUGCGCGAGCGCUGGUGCGACAGCCUCGCUUGCUACUGUUGGACGAGGCUACAGCUGCCCUUGAUAACCACAGCGAGACGCUGGUGCAGCGAGCGCUGGAUAAGGUCAGCCAGGGCCGCACCACCAUCAUCGUAGCUCACCGCCUCUCCACCAUCAGGACGGCGGAUAAGAUAGUGGCCUUCGAUAAAGGCAGAGUGGUAGAGGAAGGCACCCACGAGGACCUCAUGUUACAGCGGGGUCUCUACUACAAGCUGGUGACAGCCCAACUCUCACCUGGGGAUCUGAACACUCAAACAGGCUCUCAUGAAACCCCGGGUACCAGACCCAGGGAGGAGUUGGAAACUAUGAUUUCAGUGGCGGAGAUCACCCAGGAGAUUAUACAGGAGCUGGCUGCCAAGGCUCCCUCCUCCAGGUGUCCAAGUGUUAGGAGCUCUUUUCGUAGACGCUGUCCUCCUUCGUCCAAGUUCGAUGUUUCUGCACACUCCAAGCACACGGUUUCUACAGACGAAGUGAGUCCUGUCACUGAGACUGACUGCAUUUUCAAUAUUUCACCAUUACUGUCUCAGACAUUCCAGGAGGUGGAGGAGGACGAGGACAGACAGGUCACUCUGUAUAAGAUCCUUAUGAUGAACCUUCCAGAGUGGCCAUACAUCCUGCUGGGCGUCAUCUGCUCGGCAAUGAUGGGCGCCACCACCCCUAUCUUCGCUAUCCUCUUUGGGGAAGUGUUAGGGACUCUGUCACUAGCAGAGGAAAGUGAGGCGAGAAGAGAGGCCAACCACUACGCUCUCAUGUUUCUGGUUCUCGGGACUGUUAUUGCUUUCGCCAUGUUCAUGCAGAUCUACAUGUUUUCACUGUCUGGUGAGAGACUGACUUCACGACUUCGCAAGCUGCUGUUGGAAGCCAUGCUCAAGCAGGAGGUGGCCUGGUUUGAUGACCACAACAAUUCAGUAGGUGCGCUAUGUUCCCGGCUGUCUGGGGACGCUGCUGCUGUACAGGGGGCAACGGGAUCGAGGGUGGGUACCAUCGUUCAGGCCGUCAGUACCCUGGGCAUCGGGGCAGGCUUGGCCCUUUAUUACGACUGGCGUCUGGGUCUGGUCUCGAUGCCUUUCGUUCCCUUCGUCUUACUGGCCAUGUACCUGCAGAGCAAGAUUCUGACGGGGCAGAGCCUCACUGAGUCCAAGGUCCUCGACGAUGCGGGGAAGUUAGCAAUCGAGGCGAUCACCAAUAUCCGGACGGUGGCGUCGCUACACCAAGAGGAGCACUUUGUUCUCAAGUACUCUCAGGGUCUCAGCCAGUGUCACCUGCAGGCUCUCAGGAAAUCUCACGUUAGAGGUGGGACCUUCGGCUUCGCGCAGGCAGUGCCGUUCUUUGCCUACGCCAGUACCAUGUUCUACGGAGGCCACCUGGUCGACCGCCGGGAGCUGGAGUACGAGAGCGUCUUCAAGGUGGCCGAGGCAAUGAUCUUGGGGACCAUGAUGGUGGGUCAAGUGCUGGCCUUCGCUCCCAACUACAGCAAGGCCAGGGUGGCAGCGGCCAGGAUUUUCAGAAUGUUGAAAAGACAGCCGGCCAUACCCGCUUCUAGUGAUGCCAGGCAUAUUCUGAGGGAGGAAGUGAGGGACAUCCAGCUGACUGGUGUGCACUUCACCUACCCGAGCCGCCCUGAUGUGCCUAUCCUGAGUGGGCUGGAUGUGGCCGUGGGCCGUGGGCAGACACUGGCGCUCGUGGGUGGCUCAGGCUGUGGCAAGAGUACCAUUAUCUCUCUCCUCGAGAGGUUCUACGAGGCCACGGCUGGCAAGGUGCUCAUCAACGGGGAGGACGUGCAGCGGCUGGACGUGUCGUGGGUGAGGAGCCAACUAGGUCUGGUUUCCCAAGAACCCGUGCUCUUCGACCGCACCAUCGCUGAGAACAUCGCCUACGGGGACAACACCCGUCUGGUGAGCCGAGAAGAGGUCAUCGCUGCAGCCAAGCAGGCCAACAUCCACGACUUCGUCGAGUCACUCCCAUUUGGGUACGAGACGCGUGUGGGGUCCAAAGGGACACAGUUGUCUGGCGGUCAGAAGCAACGGAUAGCCAUCGCCCGAGCCUUAGUUCGCAACCCUGGUGUGCUGCUCCUGGAUGAAGCCACCUCCGCGCUCGACACAGAGAGUGAGAAGGUGGUGCAAGAGGCACUGGUGAGGGCGCAGAAAGGACGCACCAGUAUCGUGAUAGCUCACCGCCUCACCGCUGUCAGAGAUGCGGACACCAUCGCUGUGGUCGAGGAUGGCAGAGUGGUGGAAACUGGCACGCACAACCAGCUGGUGAAGAACAGAGGACGAUACUAUGCUCUACACAACACUAACCUCUGAGGUAGAGGAGGUUCAGCAGAGAGGUUGCUGGUUUGUGUGCGUUCAUGUGUGUGGGCGUGGUUCUGUGUAUGUGUUAUGUGCACGCACAUGAAGUGAUCUUUGAAUAGUUGUGUAUAUGGUAUAUUACUACGCAGGAGUGCGGAUAAAUGAGUCUCUGCGAGGACUCGCAGUCAGCGGUAUUUAUGAGGCUGUGGAGCAAUGACUGCUUAUAUUCUGAUUACACACAUACAAACACACUCCCUCUCCUCUCUCUCCCUCCCUUUGCCUUUCUCUCUCACUCCCCUUACUCUUCUUCUCUUUCCCCAAUUUCUCUCCCCCUCUGCACUGUCUCCCUCACUUCUCUGUCCCUCUCCCUCUCAAUUCAAUUCAAUUCAAGUUUAUUCUCUAUAAUGGUUACAAUGUGGGGUUUACAGGUUUUGGGUAUUUUGUGGUUUACAUGUUAUAAAAUACUAAUUACAGAGGGGGCCACUAGGACACCUAGCAUGGCUAGGUAUUUCGAGCAGACUUAGAUUAAUUCUUAACAUUAAAUCCUUACAGAUUAUGGUAUUAAGGCUAAGUGACUACAUCAUAAUUUGUGAGUUUACCAAUGUGAAUGCUUUUGUUUUGGCACAAUACAAGGUGUCUAUAUUUGAGUAUCAUAGGCAAACUUAUGACUAGUUAGGAUUUAUUAUUUUAAGGUGGGUGAGUGAGUAAUUUUGAACCACCAGGUGGUUAUCAUGUAGUUAGUUGUCGUGGUGGAUCAGGGAGAUAAGAUGUUUUCUAACUGUAGUUUUGAAAGUGAUGAAUGUGUCUGCAGUUCUAGAGUUUUCAGGUAGGGUGUUCCAGAUUUUAGGUCCUUUGAAAAACAUUGAAUUUUUGUAAAGGUCUAGUCGAACACGGGGAAUGUCAUGGAGAUGUUUGUGUCUGGUGUUAUGCCUGUGGAUCCUGUCACAACUAUCAAGAAAGCGUUUUAGGUCAAGGUUAAUAUUGGAAUUUAAGGUCCUGUAGAUAUAGACUGCACAGUAGUAAGUGUGGAUGUUCUGAACAGGGAGUAAGUUUAGAUCUAUGAAGAGUGGGGGGGGGGUGUUGCCAGGGAUGGGAUUCAGUGAUUAUUCUUACUGCGGCUUUUUGUUGGGUUAUUAUUGGCUUUAGGUGUGUUGCUGCAGUUCAACCCAAAGCACAGAUAGCAUAGGUGAGGUAUGGAUAUAUAUGCGAAUGGUAUAGUGUGAGAAGGGCAAUUUGCAGCACAUAGUAUCGCAUCUUGGAGAGGAUCCCCACCGUUUUGGAUACUUUUUUUGUUAUGUGUUGGAUAUAGGUGCUGAAAUUUAGGUUGUUGUCGAGGUAUAGGCCAAGGAAUUUGCCCUCAUUAUGUCUGGCAAUUAGACACAUACACACACACAAACACACACACACAA